AUGUCCGAACCAUCGCCGUCGGCACGCCGUUCUACCGGUGACGUUAAGAAGACUCCUCCAUCAUCUGUUGUUACUCGGAAUGGAGCAAGAAAAGCAAAAAUUCAAACACGUGCCAUGUCUGCCGGCGCUAAACCAUCAGCUUUGGUGAUAGCUGCUAAAAAGAAGGCUCAGCAAAAGAGGAAGCAACCUGUUGAAACAAUUUUGCGAGAUCAUUAUCAAAUUGCAAUGGAAUCAAAAGCGAAAGUCAGAGGUCCAACAGGAUUUGUAACGGAGCCUCGUAUGGCAGAACACAAAUGCCUAUGGGAUGACAAGUACCCCGAAUGUCCUGAGAGGCUUAUUAGUAUCAUUAAUAGAUGUGAAGAAUUAGGCUUGAUAGACCAAUGUGUAAAGUUUGAACCAAGAGCCGCUACUUUAGAAGAACUACUCCCAUUGCAUUCAAAGGAAGUGUACGACAUGUUGGAGACUACCCACCAGAAUAAUGAUUUAGAGUACUUGGAGAAAUUGUCUUCUAAAUAUGACGCCAUCUAUAUUAGUCCAAGCACUCACGAACUAGCAUUAAUCGCAGCUGGCUCAACAAUAGAUAUGGUGGACAGGAUAGUGUCUGGAGAGAUUCAGAAUGGGGUAGCGUUUGUGAGGCCGCCGGGACACCACGCCAUGAGGGCGGAGCCCUGCGGCUACUGCUUCUACAACAAUGUGGCACUUGCUGCCAAACAUGCCAUAGAAAAACGAGGAUUAGAACGAAUACUGAUCGUUGACUGGGACGUGCACCACGGGCAAGCUACACAGCAGAUGUUCUAUGAUGACCCAAGGGUGGUGUAUUUCUCAAUACACCGCUACGAGCACGGCGCGUUUUGGCCCAACCUGAGGCAGGCGGACUUCCACUACACGGGCAGCGGCCGCGGCGAGGGGUACACCUUCAACGUGCCCCUCAACAAGACCGGCAUGACGGACGCCGAUUAUCUCGCAAUAUGGCAACAGCUCUUAUUACCCAUGAUGAUGGAGUUCUCGCCGCAACUGGUUAUUGUUUCCGCGGGGUUUGAUUCAGCACUAGGUGACGAAAAAGGUGAGAUGCAAGUGACGCCGGCGUGCUACGGCGCGCUCACGCAGCUGCUGGCGGCGGGCGCGCGCGUUUGCGCCGUGCUAGAGGGCGGCUACUGCGUGCCGGCGCUGCGCGAGGCCGCCGCGCACACGCUGCGCGCGCUGCUGCGCCCGCCGCCCGCGCCCCCCGCGCCCGCGCCCGCGCCCGCGCCGAGUGACGAGAUACGGGAAACCAUCCUAAACUGUAUCUACGCGCAUAGAAACCACUGGCAGUGCUACAACUUCCAGCCCACCUACAGUAUACACUCCCCAAAGACGGACGGUGAAGAGAGACACGUGGUGGAGGUGCGCUGGGUGGGUGAUGAGACCAGGCCAGAUACUUUUCCCACUAGAGACUGCUAUCCCGUACAGGAUGAUAAAACGAAACGGAAUAUUCUAGAAAAAUUGGACCAUUUGAAAUCAGUAACGGAUCUGUCGGUAGCGAAACAUCCUGUUUGCUUUGUCUACGAUCUCGCUAUGCUGAAGCACAAAAAUAUAUGCGAACCAGGCCAUCCAGAAUGCCCGGAACGAAUAAUGCGCAUCUACGAAAUGUUCCGUGAGUUUGGGCUCUUAGAGAGACUACACCAGAUAGAGGCGAGACCGGCAUCCGACAAGGAGAUAUUGGCGGUACAUACGCAAAAACAUUUGGACAGGCUAAAGGAAUUAUCAAGCACAAAGUUGAGGGUUUUAAAUACACAAAAGAAAGCAUAUGAUUCAGUAUACUUUCAUCCGGACUCGUUAGAAAGUGCCUCGGUAGCUGCUGGUUGCGUACUACAGAUGAUAGACGCGGUGGUGUCGAAGACUGCGGGGUCGGGGGUGUGCGUGAUCCGUCCGCCCGGACACCACGCCGACCAGGACACACCCAGCGGGUUCUGCCUCAUCAACAACGUGGCGGUCGCCGCCAAGUAUGCCGUCAAUAACCUUGGCCUCAAACGUGUUCUAAUCCUGGACUGGGACGUGCAUCAUGGGAACGGCACGCAGAGGAUCACCUACGAGGAUGAUCAGAUCCUAUACAUGUCGAUUCACCGGUAUGACCACGGUAAAUUCUUCCCCAACUCAAAAGACGCGGACUUCACUGCAGUGGGGAAGGGCCGCGGCGAAGGUUUCAACGUUAAUGUGCCUUGGAAUGAGAAAGGUAUGGGCGACACGGAAUACUUGACAGCGUUCACACAAGUGGUGCUGCCCAUAGCGUACGAGUACAGCCCGGAGCUGGUGCUCGUCUCCGCCGGGUUCGAUGCCUGCGUCGGGGAUCCGCUUGGACAAUGCAAAGUAACGCCAGAAUGCUAUGGGAUUAUGACCAACUUGCUUAAAGGAUUAGCCGCGGGACGAAUAAUCUUGUGCUUGGAAGGAGGCUACAACACUAGAAGCAUAUCAUAUGCAAUGACAAUGUGCACUAAAGCUUUACUAGGGGAUCCAAUCCAUCGCCACUACGACCCAAAACCUAUUUGUCGUCCCUCCGCCAUAGAAUCAAUAAAUAAUGUUAUCAAAACACAUAAAAAGUAUUGGAAAAGUCUUAAAUUCCAAGUCGCGUUACCUUUGGAGAAUGUUCUAGAAGCACCAGCGCCAUCUAGAGGGUUAAAUAUAUCGAGUUAUGAAUCCUUAGAAACAAAAAUGGCGUGUUUAAAACUUAAUACGCAGAAGUGCUCUGAUGGGAUGCAUUGUGGGACAGAUGAUGAAGAUAGUCCGAGUUCAUCGAAAGUCAAUGAGAAAAAUGUUGCAUCUGGACAAAAUGAAACUGCUGGAAGUAGUAGUGUGAAUAAGGAAAAAUCUUGUGAUGAGAAAAAAGAACCAACGACUUUAGUUGAUUUUUUAUCAGAAAAUAUGCAAGCAAUAGUUGAUGGUGAGAUGUUUGCGGUAGUUCCGUUGCAAUGGUGUCCACAUUUGGACUCUUUGUAUGCACUCCCAGGGGACGUGAAGUUUGAGCAGGGGGUGAAAUGCGUUAAUUGUGACCACAGCGAGGAAAACUGGGUGUGUCUUCAUUGUUAUAUUACGGCGUGCGGGCGUCACGUGCACGGCCACAUGCAGCAGCACUACCGCGACACGCAGCACGCGCUCGCGCUCUCCCUCCUCGACCUGUCCGUGUGGUGCAGCGCCUGCGAUGCGUACGUCGACAACCCUCUACUAUACGACGCGAAGAACAACGCACAUAGAAAUAAGUUCGGGGAAGACAUGCCCUGGUGCUACAAGAAUGACACUAUACAUAUGCAA